AUGACGACCCGAUCGGCGAGCAAUCCUCCGCAGCCCUUCUCCUCCCCCUCGGACCAUUCGAAAGGGAUCCACAUCGCGGACUGGACGAUCGAAACCGUCAAGAAGCCGAUCCUCUCCGCCACCGACGCCGACAAGUCAGUGCCUACCCCCUUGCAAAGUUCACCUCACCUUCCUUCCAUUCAAGUCGCCUACUAACCGACCUCAGCACCCCACACAGCGCCUCUUCCUCCCUGCACCUCCCCCUCCCCGAAAUCUGCUUCGGCAACAACCGCCUCACGCUCACCCACCAUCCUACGAACCUCAAAAUCGAAUGCAAUUGCCUCGAUGCGCUCAGAGCGGUCGCCAGCAGUACCCAAGUCAAAGUCGCUCAUGCGGCAGAAUGGUCCAAAGCGUGAGUCCAGCGUUAUCAAAUUCCCCCCUCCUGCUCCCAAAAGUCUGCGAGGCUAAGCCCCUUUUUCCAAACCUUCUUUCCCGAACAAGGCAAGAAUCCUCUUCCCACUCGGAGGUGACCGUUCAAAAACCCUACGACUGGACCUACACCUCCCUCCAUCCCGGAACGAUCAGUUCCACCACAUCCGCCCCACCCGAAUUCACACCAGCCCCAGAAGGACAUCCGGGGAUCCCUCUUCAUUUGUUAGCGCGACAGGAUAUCCCCAUCUUGUUCUUUGAUGAGGUACCUUUGUUCGAGGAUGAAUUGGGGGACAACGGUACCGCAGAAUUGGUAGUGAGGGUUGUGAGUACUUAUUUCAUUACUCGAAAUUUUACAAGCGGGCCUCAAAACAGAAACAAAAACAAAAACCCUGACGAUUCCUCGUAACAGCGCGUCAACUCGUUCUCCAUCUUCGUCCUUUCCCGCCUCUUCAUCCGCGUCGAUCACGUCCUCUUCCGAAUCUUUGACGUACGCACCUACGUACCCUUAACCACACCACCACCACCGCACUCCGAGUCCAUCCUUCCCCUCGAAAUCAUCCAAGAACUCAAAGGAAGGCAAGCAUCUUACACCACUCUUAAAUCUCGCUUGGAGAAAGAACGUGGCAAGGGGGAUUUAGCACUCUUGACGGAUGUGGGCUGGGUCGGGGCUAUGUUGGACAAGAUCGGGUUAGAGAAGGGCUUGGAAGGGUUGAGUGUUUCGGAGGGGGAAGGGGAGGGAAGCAAGGGUGGGAAAGAGGAGAAGGUUUUGCCGAGUUGGGAUGGGGAGGGUACGACUUUGCAGGUGCUUAGGAUUGGGUAG